AUGUCUGACUCGAACACAGCACCGGCAAGUUCGGGGUCGGGUGAUAACUCGCAAACAUUGUCCAGCGGCAUGCAUUUGGGCCCUGAUGUCUUCCAAAAGACUCCCAAGCACUAUCGACACAAAAUCCAGCCGGUACCUGCGUACGUUCUCGAUGGAGUUGUCCGAGGAGACGAUACGUUCAGAUCCAAGGACCGAGACCUGGCGCUGGGCCCAACUUAUUGGAGCCGAUUUCUGUCAACUUUCAGAGCAACAGAUGCUUAUGCGCCCAAUCAAGUGAGCCAGACAAACAGCGACUCUGUGUUUGAUAGUUACCAACUGGACCAGGAGUGGAAGGGUGAGGAGAAAUUGAAUAGACUUUACUAUGGCGGACCGGAGUCGUCGUACAUGGACUCUGGAGAGUCCAACGGGAACAACUCCGGACCGUACGACAAGACAAAAUACCGGUCGCAUGCCGGCUUUUGGAUCUCUGAGAACAAGAAGGAAUGGAAACCCUGGCUCGGAGACAUCAUCAUGAACAAUUCGUACAUCCCGCUGUUUUUCAGAAUCUUCACUCUAUUUCUAUCAUGCGUUGCAUUAGGACUAGCUGCCAGAAUCAUUGUUCUGAGCAACCAUCUGAGCAACUCGGACCAUGUUUCGCAACAGCCCAGCUCAAUAAUGGCUGUGGUUGUGCAAUCGGUGGCGAUUCUCUACCUUUUCUACAUCAGUUACGACGAAUUCACAUCGCAACCACUUGGAUUAAGAGAUCCUCAGGCAAAGCUGAGACUGAUCAUGUGCGAGCUUUUGUUUGUGAUAUUCUCAUCGGCCAACCUUGCACUCAGUUUCAACUCGCUCUACGAUUCCAGAUGGGUCUGCACAGACAAUCAAAUGUCCUCCAGCAGUCCUAGCCUACUUGGCUCCAUCUGUGAUCGUCAACGCACAUUGGCCGCUUUCCUCUUCAUCAUCCUGGUUGUUUGGUGUAUCACCUUCACCAUUAGCAUCAUUAGAGUGGUGCAAAUGGUGAACAGAAACGAUCAAAGACUCUCUUAG